AGCAUCAGCAGGUCCCGUUUUGGGAAGGACAGUUUUAAAGAAGGCUGUCUUUCUCAUCUAAAAUGGACAAUAAGCAAACUGAAGAUGCGCGGUAUCUGAAAAGGAAAGUGAAGGGCUGCACUCUUGAUGUCCACCCCACUGAGAGAGCCCUCGUGGUUCAGUAUGAGGUGGAGGCAACUGUUUUGGGAGAGCUGGGGAACCCGAUGGUUGGAGAACGAAAAGAGUGUCAGAAAAUUAUUCGCCUGAAAAGCCUGAACGGCCACACAGAUAUAUCGUCUUUGGCCCGGAAGGUCGUGGAAGAAUGUCGGCUGAUUCACCCGUCCAAACUCAGCGAGGUGGAGCAGCUGCUCUUCUAUCUGCAAAACCGCAAACAGUCAAAUGACAACCAAGAGAAGAAACACAUCUCACCUCGAGACUUUACACCUUACGCAGGAGUGGAGCUGGACGAGGAGGCGAGCAUCAGCAGCAUCGAUGAGUAUGUGGAGCUGCUGUAUGAGGACAUUCAGGAGAAGAUCAGAGGGGCCACACUCAUCUUCCAACUGGCUCGUAACUCGGACAAUCUGGAGGAGCUCAUACAGAAUGAGGCGGCCCUCGGAGCCCUGGCCAGAGUUUUGAGGGAGGACUGGAAGCAGAGCGUGGACCUGGCAACAACCAUCAUCUACGUCUUCUUCUGCUUCUCCAGUUUCUCCCAGUUCCAUGGCCUGGUCACACAUUUUAAAAUUGGGGCCCUGUGCAUGAAUAUCAUUGAGCAUGAGCUGAAGAGGUACGACCUCUGGCAAGACGAACUACAGAAGAAGAAGAAGGCCUAUGAAGAAUUCUCUGAGAACCAAAAUCUGAAGAAAGAACAUGAGAAGUCUUUCAGAAAGUACCAGAGCCUUCUGACCAAACAGGAGCAGCUCCUCAGAGUCGCUCUGUGUCUGCUGCUGAACCUGGCUGAAGACACACGCACAGAGCUGAAGAUGAGGAACAAAAACAUCGUCCACAUGCUGGUGAAGAUCCUGGACCGGGAGGACAAGGAGCUGCUGCUGGUGGUGGUGUCCUUCCUGAAGAAGCUGUCAAUCUUCCUGGAGAACAAGAAUGACAUGGCUGAAACCUUUACCGUGGAGAAGCUGGCUCGGCUGGUCCCCUGCAAGAAUGAGGAGCUCCUGAGCACCAACUUGCGCCUCCUGCUCAACCUCUCCUUCGACACGUCGCUGCGCAGCCAGAUGGUCCAGGCAGGACUCAUUCCCAAAGUCUCCUCACUGCUCGCUGACGAGGGCCAGAGACAGCUCAGCAUGUGCAUUCUGUACCACAUCAGCAUGGACGACAGAUUCAAGUCCAUGUUUGCCGACACAGACUGCAUACCGCAGCUGAUGAGGAUGGUGUUUGACUGCGGGGAGGAGAAGAUGGACGUUGAGCUCAUCUCUCUCUGCAUCAACCUGGCUGCCAACAAGAGUAAUGCAAAGGUCAUCUGUGAAGGUAACGGUCUGAAGAUGCUGAUUAAGCGUGCUGUGAAGCUGAAGGAUGUUCUGGUGAUGAAGAUGAUUAGAAACCUUUCUCAGCACAACGGACCCACCAAGGGCCUCUUCCUGGACCACGUCGGCGACCUGGCAGCUCAGAUCAAUGAGGAGGAGGCUGAGGAGUUUGUGAUCGAGUGUCUGGGCACGCUGGCCAAUCUCACCGUCCCCGACCUGGACUGGGCGCUAGUACUCACAGAGUACAACCUGGUACCCUACCUGAAAAAACGACUCAAACCAGGUUCUGCUGAGGAUGACCUCAUACUGGAGGUGGUUAUCAUGAUCGGCACCGUGUCCAUGGACGACUCUUGUGCAGCCAUGUUGGCCAAGUCCGGCAUUAUUCCUGCUCUCAUCGAGCUGCUCAAUGCCCAACAAGAGGAUGAUGAGUUUGUGUGUCAGAUUGUCUACGUCUUCUACCAGAUGGUCUUUCACAAAGCUACCAGGGACGUCAUCGUCAAAGACACACAAGCCCCAGCAUACCUCAUCGACCUGAUGCACGAUAACAACGCAGAGAUCCGCAAAGUCUGUGACAACACACUGGAUAUCAUCGCUGAAUAUGACGAGGAGUGGGGGAAGAAGAUCCAGAAUGAGAAGUUCCGCUGGUACAACGGUCAGUGGCUGGAGAUGGUGGAGAACCGUCUAAUGGAUGACACAGGAGAGCCCUUCUUGUAUGGGGAGGACGGAGACUCCUUCAAUGGGGACGGAGACAUCCUGGAGAGACCUGACCUUUUCUACAAUGCAGAUGGGAUCUUGUCAGCAGACGGUGCCAUCAGUCCAGACUUCUACACUGACUUCCAGAAUGGAGAGCUGGGACAGGCCGGAUACCUGAGCAGUGUGUCUGAGCAGUUCAUCUCAGCAGAGCGGCCCGUCAGCGCCUACGGCUUCCGCCCCGAUGAACCGUUUUUCUACAACUUCAACACUGCCCCCCGGUAAACCUAAAACCCCUCACACAUAUAUGCUGCACAGCUGUUGUGUCCCUGAUGUCCAUAGCGUGCUGCUAAAACUGCAUUUAGAUUGUGGACCAAUAGUUUCAACACUUGUCUUUUCUUUAUGCAUCUCUCUGCACUCAGCAAAAAAAUGGAUGUUAACCAUCACUCAGUCUGUUAAUGAGGCAAACAAUCACAAGUUUUCACUUGUUUUUCUUGAUAAAUAAUCUGUUUUAUUUAAAUAUAUGCUGACACUCAUUCAGGGAAAUCUCCUGCAAAAAGAAACUGAAAGCAUCAUCCUCUAAGUGAAAGUACGUGACUCAUUAAUAUAGAAGUUUAUGUAGAGCUUUAACCCUUACACAUCUAUAAAUUACGGUCAGUCUUAGAUUUCAUUUUACCUCGACUAUGAAUUUGUUAAUAUUUUAACUUUGCUUAGUUGAUUCAGGAACAUGUUGUGUAACAAAGCUUAGUGUUUUUUUCAGUUUUGUGAUAAACUAGGCAGCUGUAGAUUUAACACUGAAGUGCACUCAGAUUUCUCUGGUUUAAACGGCCAGUUUGAUACUACAGAACACAUAUUUUGUUUCAGUUUUCUUAGUAAUGUCCUAAAACAGCUCCUCAGUGUAGUUUUUACCAAACCAAAAGAGCGGGAGAAAAUAGUGCAUUUGUUGGGGACAAUUUCCAGCAGCGAAUUAAUCGACAUUUGGGGCUCUAGUGAAUAUUUGUUGCAGCAGGACGCUUUAUGUGAGAUCGAGUCAAAAUAUUAUACAGUGUGUGUUCAUAGAUAUGAAGCAAAAUGUCACUCAGUGCUUAAAGUGUUCCUCAUUGAUGGAUUUUAAGAGUUUCUGGACAGACGAAGGAGAUAUAUAACUUAUUAGUAGAUGCAUUUGUUGUUGGUUCGGCUCUUCAUGUGAAAACUUUUAGUAUCAACAGACUUUAAAGAUAAUAUUUCAAUGAUUGAAAAAGUGGCCCCGGUCACCGGCUUUUUUUUUUUUUUUUUUUUAGAGGCUUAAAAUUUGGAAGUAUCCAGUAUCUGAAAGGAAAAAGUCCAAAAUGAGAGAAAACAUCAUCUAUUAUAUCUACUUAAUCUCUUGUGACCUCUCAGAUUUAUCUUUGGUCAUGAUAGGGGUUCCUGCCCACAGUUUAUGCUGCAGGUCUGCAUUUUCUUUAGUAUUUCCCAGAAUGUUUAAUGAUAAUAACUCUUAUUGUAGGGGAACUAUAGACACCGUGAUCAACUGUCUCUCAGUUGAAUUACUUUCAGUUAAUGCUAGUAUAACACGGAGAGUCAUCUUACAGCACACAGUAAGUCAAGUAGAUUUGCAAAUAUGAAAUUUGUCUACAGGAAAGCACACAUUUUAACAUGUAGAAUACAGUUUCCAUUAAUAAAUGUAAACUUGGAACUUUGCUUAUAAGGGAAUUACAGUUAGCAAGACUUCUGCUCACGUUCAAAACUUAAAAUAAUAUUAUUAUAGUAUUUUGAGAAAAAAAGUUGUGAUAAUACAAACAUGAACUUGUGCAUUAAUGAGAAUAAAGUCAUAUUGUUUCCAGCAAGAAUAGCUGCCCAAUAGUCCGCUGUGCGAUUUGUUACUGCUUUGCUGAUGUGGCAGACGGUCUGACAGAAACAGAUUCCUCUUUGGGACUCUGGAGGAGGCAAAGUUUAAGCAGCUGUGUGUUGCUCUUCAUCAGGUAGAAUACUGAAACGAACUGAAAACACUUCUGUUCAGGCAUAAUACAGGAUCAUUUUGCACUGUCCCUUACUGAAUCCAUAUGCAAUUUGUCCAUUUUUUUUUUUCGUACACAGAAUUGUUAGAUUUAGGAUAAUGAGAACGAGAUCGCUCAAAUAUUUGCAGAGACAGUUCUGUAUGCAAACCCACGGCCUUGUUAUAACCUCUUAAAAACUCCAAACAACUGACAAAGCUAAAUUGUCUCAAAGCAUUAUCUCUAUUUACUCUAUAAUAAGUACCAAAUGGCACAAUUCUUUCAAGGAAACCUCAUGAAAAAAAUUAGAAAAUUAUGGAUCAUAAAAUAAAGAGGAACCAUUAUUUUGCCUUUGCACACAAACAGUCUCUCACUGGAAGCUCUGCAGUAGACUUGAGAAAAAAAGAAAACUGAGGAGCUGGAUUAGGAUGUCAUUUAUCUUUGUUUUUUUGAAUGUAAUUUAAGAAGAAAUGUUAACUGCCUUUAUUGUCUUAUCUUGAAAAAUGUGUCUUAAAUAUGAACAAAUGUAAAAUAAUGAACUUUUAUUCCUUAUCUUGUCCGUGAUGUGCCUGGAGCUCUGCCGGCCCGCUGAAAUAUGAGAUAGGUUUUUUUUGUGGUGCAAUAUAUCAAAUAAAUGGAAGGCAUAUUAUCGUAGUCCAACUGUAUUUAGUAUUUAAUGUGUCACACAUGUUGGAUUACUCGCAGCUCUUUGAUAUUUCUCAGCACGCUGUGUCUGUGAUUGGUUACAAGAAAAAGUUGUGGAGCAUAAAUAAAUAAUGGAAGCCUCA